AUGGUCCCCUCAGCAACUCUCUUCAGCAUCUUCGCCAUGCUCGCCGCAGCCAGUGCGCAGGCAAGCUCGUCCUGGAAACCGGCCAAGAACCAACUCUGCUUCGGCCGCCAGAGCUGCCACUACGCAUCCGACGAGGCAAAUAAACGACAGGGCAACCUCAUGUCGCACAUCUUCCCCGACGAAGUCUGUAUCCGAGGCAAAAUCAACCCCGAAAGCUGGGUAGACAGGAUCCCCAAGUGCGGUUGA